CCCCCACAUCAUAUAAUAUACCUACUAUAUUAUAUUAUAAUAUAUAUUAUAUGAUAUAAAAUGACAACCCAAAUCAACAACCCCCGCAUAACAAUCCAAUACUGCACCCAGUGCAAAUGGAUGUUACGCGCCGCAUAUUUCGCCCAAGAACUCCUCUCCACCUUCUCCACCCAACUAGGCGAAGUCGCCCUCGUCCCUGCGACGGGGGGAUUGUUCGCCAUCACUUUAUUCUACUACCCUCUGAAGAACGAGGACCAGUCUGAAGGCCAAUCUGAAGGCCAAGAGGGGCAGGGAGCAGUGCAGGAAACGCUCCUCUGGGAUAGGAAGCGCGAUGGGGGGUUUCCUGAGGUCAAAACGCUCAAAUCCCUCGUCAGGAACGUGAUUGAUCCGCAGAGGGAUCUGGGGCAUACGGAUCGAGCGUUGAGGGCCUCUUCUGCUACUGCUACUGCUGCUGGUGAUACUACUGCUGGUACAGCUGGUGCCGCUGGUACUACUACCGCAUCAGCGGAGAAAAAAGAAGAGUGUGCUGAUUGUCGGUGAUUGAUCUUUGGAUCUUAUUUUCUGUACAAAUUGUCAUAGCUAGGACUACAUAUUUUAUAUCCGAUUCAUAUUCC